AUGAUUAAAGUUGAAAUGGGUGAGCACAUUCAAAAGAAAGUGUUAAUUGGUGAAGCCAAAACUUUGCCUGUUACAGGUCUACGAGAAUUUAACAUGUUUAUGGUGAAUGGUCUUCUCUAUGUCUUUGGAGGAGAAAUUCCAUUAACACAAGGUGCCACAGAAUACAACAAAAACGUUUACUCAUUCAGUAUUCCAAAUGCACGGUGGACUAUGGAUAAGUUCAAUUCGAAGUCUGAUGAGUAUGACGAAGAGACGUUUGCGUUUUCCAAGUCUGCGGGUGUCACUGAUGGGACUUUUAUUUACUUUGUUGGUGGUGUUUCUUCGAAAAAGAACUUAACGAAGAUCAUUAAAGUGAAUAUGGAGACCAAAGAAGUCUUUUUCAUCAAAAUAGAAGGGAUCAGUGAUUUUGGAGUUGAGAACAGUGUAGUGUUAUACAACGACAAACUUUAUAUCAUCGGAUUUCGCACCGGAAAUCAGACGAAGAGUAAUUCCUUUGUUAUAAUUGAUAUGAAGACUGAGAAGGUAGUGUCGACCAGUGAAUUACCAUUUGGAGUGAUAUUUAAACAUGGCUCUUUUGUAACUACUGAUGGGAAGAUCUUUGUCAUUGGUGGGAAAAUAGGAGAUGAGCAUAACAAGGACAUUUUCAUGUACGAUGCCUUCAGUAAUAAAAAGAGUGAAUGGGUCACAGUCGCCCAACUUCCAAUUAAAUUGUUAAGUCCGAAUUGUGUAUACAUGCCGGACCAAAAGCUUGGAGUUAUAUUAGGUGGCGGAGAAGGGUUUGGCCUCUCAAAUGACAAGAUUUUAUUAUUAGAUGUCGUCUCCAAACAAUUAAUAGAAAAUCCAGAAGAGAUUAAAAUCACUAAUAAAGGCGGGUCAAUCUGUUCGAAAGGAAAAGAAAUAUUUGUCUUAGGAGCUACAGAGGGAUUACAAUUUCUCUCUUUUGAUAAAGAAAUGAAUUUGGCUGUUCUUCGGAAAAAUAACACGAAAGUCAUCAUUGGGACCACUGAAUUUGUUUUGGUGUCGUUUGAGGACAAACCCGAAUUUGAUGAGAAAGUCUUAGAGACGUUAAAAUUGGCUGGUCUUGAUGACAAUGAUGCUUUAAAACAGUUAUUACUUGAAAAUGGGUAUAACAGCGACGACUCAUUUUCUGUCGCAAAACAAGAGGAAUUCACUGAUAUGAAAAUCGACGUGGUGACUGCAAAGAAGAUCUCUCGAGCGCGACUCGAAGUCUAUAAUGAAGAUGUCAAGUUUGAUAUGUCCCUCUUCGAACGAUUUGGAUACUUAACAGAUGUUGUGCCGAUCUCUGCGUUAGGCCAAGGUGCCUUUGGGUUAGUCUACAAAGCACUUUGGCUAGGGACCACUGAAGUAGCCAUGAAAGGGAUAUCUGGAGAUCCGGAGGAUGCGGAUCCGUUUGGAAUACCACCACCAGAUGGGAGUGCCAAAAAGGUAGAAAAAGACCCAACGAAGCCGAAGAAGGUGAUUUCAAAAGAGGAGCAAAAUGCUCAACUCGUUGAUAUAGCUAAGGAGGCCUUUGUGAGUUCCAAGUUGAAACAUCCAAAUUUGUCGACUAUGUAUGGGAUAUACAAACAUCACUUUGAAGCUACUGGAGAAGAUAAAUUGUAUAUGAUUCUUGCUUUGGCAAAGGGCGAUGUGCUUAAACUAGUAAAAAAGGUUAAAAAGCCAUUUAUGGAUUUACUGCAAGUAGCUGAGGAUAUAGCAGCUGGGAUGGCAUAUUUGGGAUCAUUAAGUAUUAUUCAUAGAGACUUGGCUCUGAGAAAUGUGUUGUGGUAUGAAGACGCAAGUGGGUUGAGAGGAAGAAUCUCCGACUUUGGGUUGUCAAGAGUGUCUGAGAGUGGGGAGUACCAAGCCAAGGAUGAUGCCAAGAUCCCAUUCAAAUGGACUGCGCCGGAGGCUUUAGCAUCGAAGAAGUUUGAUGUCUUCAAUGAUAUAUGGGCGUAUGGCGUGACCAUUUGGGAAUUAUUUAGUGGUGGAAAUCUACCAUAUUCCAAUCUUGUAGGUGCUCCCGCCGUUCUUGAUGCGGUUCAGUCUGGGGUUCGACUAGCAAAGCCGGAUUUUUUGAAAAACCCGUUCAAAAGAGAAAAAGAAGCUGGGGGAUAUGCACCAAAGCCUGUUGUUCAAGAAGAAAAUGACUAUGGAGUCGAAGAUGAUGAAGCUGAAAAAGAAGAAGAAGAAGAUCCAAUAGGAGAUUUAGUCUAUAAAAUCAUGUUAGAUACAUGGAACAUCACUCCAAAUAAAAGACCAGGGUUCAUGGAAAUAUACAAACGACUGGAAGAGGUACGAGCGAAGUCUGUUGCGUUCUUGAAGUCUCUUGGAGUGAACAAACCUGUAGAGCCGCCUAAAGAAGAGGAAGAACAAGACGCAUAUGAGUAA